CCCGUCCUGAGAGGUUCUGGUUCUUCGGGGCCUCCCAGCAUGAAGCGGGCACCAUGGGCUUUCUGGAAAACUACCAGGAGAUUGAUCCCGUCACUUUGAACCUCUGCAUCCUCAUCGCCAGCUACGUCAUCCUGCUCCUGGUCUUCCUGAUAUCUUGCAUCAUGUACGACUGCCGGGGCAAAGAUCCCACCAAGGAGUACGCCCCGGACCCGCAGCCGGCCCAGUCUCCCAUCAGGCUGGUGGUGAUGCAGAGCUCCUCGGCACCGAUGGGACGGUGGGACACGGCCAACAUGAUCACCACCUACCACGAGCCCUCACACUCAGACUUCAGGGAGAAGAAAAGCACCAUGGUCUGACUGGAGCGGCGCUGAUAAACUGAUUUUUGUACAGUUUUUUUUUAAUUGUUUUUACUUUUU